UUUCGUAAUCCGUUGUUGAAUUGCGAACGCCACAAUCAAUCGUUAAUUAAGGCGGAGGGAAGCAGAGGAAGAAGAAGAAGAAGAAAUAGAAAGAUGAUGACGGGUGACAAGAAAAAGCCGAUCCACGCCAUCACCACAUGGGUGCGGCGGCAGCCACCGAAGGUCAAGGCCUUUCUCGCCGUCGUUUCUGGCAUGGCGGCUUUGGUGGUUCUCCGCUUCAUUGUUCACGACCACGACAACCUCUUCGUAGCCGCUGAGGCUGUCCACUCCCUUGGAAUUUCUCUUCUCAUCUACAAGCUCAUCAAAGAGAAGACAUGUGCCGGAUUGUCCCUAAAAUCCCAGGAAUUAACAGCUAUGUUUCUAGCUGUCAGGCUGUACUGCAGUUUUGUCAUGGAAUAUGAUAUACACACUUUGCUUGAUUUGUCUACUUUGGCAACAACAUUGUGGGUUAUAUACAUGAUUCGUUUUAAUUUGAAGUCUAGUUACAUGGAGGAGAAGGACAACUUUGCAAUAUACUAUGUGGUGGCACCCUGUGCUGUCUUAGCCUUGUUUAUUCAUCCAUCAACUUCUCAUCAUUUAUUGAACAGAAUUUUUUGGGCGUUCUGUGUUUAUCUGGAAGCCGUGUCAGUGCUACCCCAAUUGCGAGUCAUGCAGAACACCCAAAUUGUUGAGCCAUUCACAGCACAUUAUGUAUUUGCAUUGGGUGUUGCAAGAUUCCUGAGCUGUGCUCAUUGGGUUCUUCAGGUGUUAGAUAGUCGUGGACAUUUGUUGGUUGCCUUGGGGUAUGGUUUAUGGCCUUCAAUGGUUCUUAUCUCAGAAAUUGUACAGACUUUUAUAUUAGCAGAUUUCUGUUACUAUUAUGUCAAAAGUGUUUUCGGGGGACAGCUUGUUCUCCGUCUUCCCUCUGGAGUGGUGUGAUUGAAGAUUCAGUUCAGUCAUUUAAAUUAACUUAAUCAAGCAAUUUGGUCAACGUUGCAGUCAAUCUUGUGAUGACAAAGUUUGGCUCCUUGGAAGAUGCUGGUUCUCUGUAAAUUUUGGGAUGAAGGAAAGACUAUAUAUUUUUGUUUUAAGUUAUAGUAUUUGUAGUUGGAGAUGCUGUCUCUUUUACAAAGACUCUCUUAAUUCAGUUCUUCAAAUAACUAUUCCACGUGCUCAAGUUCUAACCAAAAAAUUAUCCGUGUAGUCGUAUGUAAAGUAGCAUUGCUUGAGCCUCUGUGGGACUCAUCCGCAAGUUGUUUGAAAGGAUUAUGUCUAACAUAACAUUUAUUUUAUGGUUUUGUUUUGCCAAAGUCCAA